CGUGUCAGGACUCAGGACUACUGUGCGCUUUGGUGCGCGCCCUCCAUCAUGGCGAGUGAUUCUCCAGCUCGCAGUCUGGAUGAAAUUGACCUGUCUGCUUUAAGAGAUCCUGCUGGCAUUUUCGAGCUGGUCGAGCUGGUGGGAAAUGGCACAUAUGGACAAGUGUACAAGGGUCGACAUGUCAAGACGGGGCAGCUGGCCGCCAUCAAGGUCAUGGACGUCACAGGGGAGGAGGAAGAAGAGAUUAAAGCUGAGAUUAACAUGCUGAAGAAGUACAGUCACCAUAGAAACAUCGCCACAUAUUACGGAGCCUUCAUCAAGAAAAACCCUCCAGGGAUGGACGACCAGCUAUGGCUGGUGAUGGAGUUCUGCGGCGCUGGCUCAGUCACAGACCUGAUCAAAAACACCAAGGGCAACAGUCUAAAAGAGGAGUGGACCGCCUACAUCUGCAGAGAGAUCCUCCGGGGUCUGACUCAUCUGCACCACCACAAAGUCAUCCAUCGAGACAUCAAGGGCCAGAAUGUGCUGCUGACGGAGAACGCAGAGGUUAAACUAGUCGACUUUGGUGUCUCGGCACAACUGGACCGAACGGUGGGGCGGAGGAACACAUUUAUCGGGACGCCAUAUUGGAUGGCUCCGGAGGUCAUAGCCUGUGACGAGAAUCCAGAUGCCACGUAUGACUUCAAGAGUGAUUUAUGGUCGCUGGGGAUCACUGCAUUAGAGAUGGCAGAAGGCGCUCCACCUCUGUGCGAAUUGCAUCCAAUGAGAGCGCUUUUCCUCAUCCCACGAAACCCGGCCCCCAGACUCAAGUCAAAGAAGUGGACAAAGAAGUUCCAUUCGUUUAUAGAGCACUGUCUGGUGAAGAACCACACCCAGAGGCCCAGCACCGAGCAGCUCCUGAAGCACCCGUUCAUCAAGGACCUGCCCAACGAGAGGCACAUCCGCAUCCAGCUCAAGGACCACAUCGACCGCACCAAGAAGAAGAGAGGGGAGCGAGAUGAAACGGAGUAUGAAUACAGCGGCAGUGAAGAAGAGGAUGAAGACAGAGAUAUGGGUGAACCAAGCUCCAUUAUCAAUAUCCCCGGCGAGUCGACCCUGAGGCGGGACUUCUUGCGCCUCCAGCUGGCCAAUAAGGAGCGAUCGGAGGCCCAGCGACGACAGCAGCUCGAACAACAGCAGAACGAAGAGCACAAGAAACUACUGCUGGCAGAGAGGCAGAAACGUAUCGAGGAGCAGAAGGAGCAGAGGAGGAAGCUGGAAGAGCAGCAGCAGCGAGAGUGUCGGCUACGAAAACAACAGGAAAGAGAACAGAGGGCGCGAUACGAACAGCAGCUCCGUCGAGAGGAGGAGAGGAGGCUCGCUGAGAGAGAGCAGGAGUACAAACGUAAGCAGAUUGAGGAGCAGCGUCAGGCCGAGCGGCUGCAGAGACAGCUGCAGCAGGAGAGGGCCUACCUCGUGUCACUACAGCAACAACAACAACAGCAACAACAGGAGGGGAGACAGGCAGACAAGAAACAGCUUUACCAUUACAAGGAUGUCAUCAACCCUAAUGACAAGCCUGCCUGGGCCAAAGAGGUGGAGGAGCGGUCUAAGCUGAACAGACAGAGCUCCCCAGCCGUGCAUCACAAAGCAUCUCACCGCAUCUCCGACCCUUCCCUCCCUCCCCGCUCCGAGUCCUUCAGCAGCUCCCCUCCCGUACUACGCCCCCUAGAGCCACAGAUGGCUCACCUCGUCCCAGUGAAGACCCACUCCAACUCCAUGUCCGGAUCCCAGUCUCUUCAGGACCAGACUGGAUCCGCUCUGAAUGAAGGCAUCGGUGAACGGGGCUCCGCGAGACCCGAAAUGCCACGUCAAAACUCCGAUCCCACCUCGGACACCCCCGCCGCCAUGCCCGUACGGGACAGGGAGCGAGAACGGGAGCGCGAUCGGGAUAGGACGGCCUGGCUCAGAGAGGAGGAUAUGCCACCCAAGGUUCCUCAGAGGACCACCUCCAUCUCUCCGGCUCUGGUCCGGAAGAACUCUCCUAAUGGAGGAGUGGGAUCUCGCGGAGGCUCUCAGCUCAUACGGGCCAGUAACCCGGACCUCCGCCGAUCAGAGCUGUCUUUAGACGCCAUGUUACAAAGGACCUCCUCCAACUCCUCCUCCUCUUCCUCACCUUCAUCUCAGGGAGACUCAGCCGAGAGAAGAGGUCAAAGAAAACAGGAAGGAUCUCCUCCAGGAGCCAAUCAGGAAGCCAAGCCAAAACCGGAGGAGGGGCGGGACUCGGGACGACCGAGCAGACCAGCAGAUCUAAGUGCAUUGGCGAAGGAACUGCGAGAGUUGAGAGUUGAAGAGGGCACCAGGCCUCCUGUCAAAGUGACAGACUACUCGUCCUCCAGCGAAGACUCGGAGAGCAGUGACGAAGACGGCGAGACGGUCGGCCAUGACGGGACCGUUGCCGUUAGCGACAUACCCCGAAUCAUGCCGGCUGUGAAGAGCAGCGGAGAGUCUCGCGGUGGCAUGACGGAGGACGCCCUCGGAGACGCCUACAACAGCUCCAAGGACAGCACUCUGGUGAUGAGAGAGGCGGAGGAGAGGAGGAGAGGAGCCCACACAGAGAGUAAUGGGUUUGGAAAUCACAGUAACCAUGGUAACCUCCCUGACCUCGUGCAGCAGAGCAACUCCCCAUCGGCCACGCCAACCAACGCCCUGCAAGAAUUGGGAGACAUGGCAGAGUUUGGUUUGAGUGGAUCCAAAUCUUCUUUUACCCCGUUUGUCGACCCUCGCGUUUAUCAGACCUCCCCCACUGAUGGCGACAGUGACUCUGCAGCUGCCAUGUUUGCUAACGAGUUACUGAGACAAGAACAAGCCAGACUCAACGAAGCCCGGAAGAUCUCUGUCGUCAACGUCAACCCAACCAACAUCCGACCUCACAGCGACACGCCCGAAAUCCGCAAGUACAAGAAGCGUUUCAACUCGGAGAUCCUGUGUGCGGCAUUAUGGGGAGUGAAUCUGCUCGUGGGGACAGAGAAUGGUUUGAUGCUGCUGGAUCGGAGCGGACAAGGGAAAGUGUACAAUCUGAUCACUAGGAGGCGCUUUCUUCAAAUGGAUGUGUUAGAAGGCCUCAAUGUCCUCGUCACUAUAUCCGGGAAAAAGAACAAGUUGCGUGUAUACUAUCUGUCCUGGCUGAGGAACAGAAUAUUGCACAAUGAUCCAGAAGUGGAGAAGAAGCAGGGGUGGGUAACUGUGGGAGAGCUGGAGGGGUGUGUUCAUUAUAAAGUCGUGAAAUAUGAGAGAAUCAAGUUCCUGGUCAUUGCGUUGAAGAACUCUGUGGAAAUCUAUGCUUGGGCGCCCAAACCGUACCACAAGUUUAUGGCCUUUAAGUCCUUCGCCGAGCUGCAGCAUCGCCCUCUGCUGGUUGACCUCACAGUGGAGGAGGGUCAAAGGUUAAAGGUCAUCUAUGGUUCCACUGUUGGCUUCCAUGUGAUUGAUGUGGACUCGGGCAACCCCUACGACAUCUACAUCCCCUCACAUAUCCAAAACCAGGUGACGCCCCAUGCCAUCGUGGUGCUCCCUAAAACAGACGGGAUGGAGAUGCUGCUCUGCUACGAGGACGAAGGGGUUUACGUGAACACCUACGGGAGGAUCACCAAGGACGUGGUGCUGCAAUGGGGAGAGAUGCCUACCUCUGUUGCCUACAUUCACUCGAAUCAGAUCAUGGGCUGGGGGGAGAAAGCCAUAGAAAUCCGUUCGGUGGAGACGGGACAUUUGGAUGGAGUUUUCAUGCACAAGAGAGCGCAGAGACUAAAGUUCCUCUGUGAAAGGAACGACAAGGUGUUCUUUGCCUCCGUGCGCUCCGGCGGCAGCAGCCAGGUUUUCUUCAUGACUCUCAACAGAAGCUCGAUGAUGAACUGGUGAUGACUCCACCCACUCUCACUCUGCCUCACUCCCAUUGGUCAAACCCAGCAGCCCACCUCGGGACACACCUCACCCAGAUUACCCACAAGGCCGAGCAUAAACUCCGGAAAAGACUUUAAAAUAAAAAAAAUCAGCUAAAAGCAAAAAAACUGAGUGGUGUUCGUGGGGAGUUAUGCUAAACCUGGAUUAACAAAGAAGCCAUUUUACUCGACGGGAGACUCGCCAUCGUCUUUACAAAUAAAAUCUCGUGUAGAUUCUUGAUUGUCAAACUUUUGGAUGAAUCGUUAUGAUUUUCAAGUCUGCGUGCUCAACUCAACUUUACCUCUAGGGCUGAUGGGAGAAAAACAAAUGUGUUUUUUCAUACACAAGUCAAAAGAAGAAGCAGCGCAGGGGUCACGGCGGUUUGAUUUGUACCCAAAAAUUACGAUCCUCCUCGCCAUUUUCCAGCUGUUUUAGGCUCUUAUGUAACCAUGGAUACUGCUUCUAGUGAUGCAAUUGGGACAUUGUAGUCGGGGUCGUGUCGGUAUGCAAAAAUAUGUCCUUUUAAGAACAGUUUCGUUCACUCGAUCCUGUAUUUCCACGACUUUUUUCUUCACUUUCUUAAACUCUCAAGGUGCUGCAUCAGAUUUACUGUAAUUCCGUUUGUUAGGAACCACUUGCGUUUUGUUAAAAGUCGACGCUUGACGAGCUGUAUAGCACACGUGUAGGUCAUAAUCGUCCGUGUCUGUGUAUGCAAGUGUGUGUGUACGUGUGUGCGUGUGUGCGUUAUGUGCGUUUCGAAAUAAAGCUGAUAUCGGUGUGAAAACUUGAGAAAAAAGUAAAUAUUUUCAGAAAACUAUGGAUAAACUGGCUGGAUAAAUCAGACAGUAAGAUGUAAGAUGUUCCCAAACUGUUUUAAGGAACAACAAAGGAUAUAUGUGUAGAAAUCACAUAGAAUGAAUGAAUGAAGACAUCUGCCAAGGCGCUGGCCCUAUCUCGCAACGGUAAAAAACACACAAACUCAAAAAAUGUUUAGUUCAGUGGUAAAACUUUUUCUAACACAAACACAUUUAUUAUAAAACAGUAAGAUGAAUGAGUUACAGACUAAUUUUGUGGGGGUUUUUUUUCAGUUUUUAGAUCAAAGUUUUUCGUAAAGUCAUGUCUGAAUUUAAACAGAUUUUAACCCAAAUUAUUCUCGAUUUUUACUGUAACGAGCAAAAGAACCUAAACAAAGCAAUUAUUUAAGCAUCCAUGUUUAAAAUAACGUCACUUUCACACCUCACAAAAUCUUAUUGCACAACGGAUUUUAAUUAACCAAAUGUAACCGGGCCAAACUGCAACACGACGAUCACAAAUAAAGAUAUUAAGUGUUCAAAUUCAGUGAAAAUACGCCAUACGGUCCCACUUCUGCGCUCUUAGCCAUCGUAAAUGCUUACCUCAAACUCCCUAUUCUUGAAUAAACAAAUUAAACUUUUAUAAUUUGACCUUUUGCGUUCUGCAUGCCCUCAGCGAAACUAAAAACGACCUUAUUCUUUACAAAUUAGCCAUGUUGUAGCUUAACCACUGCAGUAAAAUUAAAGUUUUUUACUGACAAAAUCUAUAAAUGAGGGGAAAAAAGCAAUUAAUGAUGGAUAACAGUUAUUAAACAGUGAUCACAACUGAAAUAAUCCCAGAAUUUAAGAAAACGCCCAUUGAAAACCAAGUGUAUGGCUCCAUCUAGUGGUACAAAGUGUCAUGGCAGAAGUCACUGUAAAGUUUAAAAUCUAAAUUUAUCAAACCAAACUUGUUGUUACUGGAGUAAUAGCAAAGCACAUGAUUUAAAAAAAAAGAAAAGAAAA